AUGGCGGUCCGCACUUUAUCAAGCGGCACCAAGCAAGUGCUGUACAUGCCAAUGACGAUCCAGGCGAUUCCGUGUCCGCCCCCUAUCCUUCAGUCUGACUUUGAUGGUUGCCGGAUUCCGGGAGGCAUCGAACUCUGGUCCAACGGGGGAUUCUAUUCGCCCGGAGAGUGCUUUGAAGGAUAUCGUGCCAUGUGCACCCAGACGUCUCCGGUCAGCAACGGCUGGCCUAUUCGGAAUGAAGAAACGGUUGUCAGAUGUGUUCCCGACGGAUACGACUGCAACGACAUGACUAAAGAUCAAAAGUAUGCGGUGACCAACUAUGAUGGGACUACCCUUUCCGCUCCGGCCUUUGAGAUCCGCUGGAGAAGUGCGGACUUAGCACAUGCAAUCAGAACUACCGAGAUGAAUCCGCCUGGGAUUCCGACUCCAUUUCCGACAUCAACAAGGGAUUUGCCGACAUCCAAGCUGAUUACUACGACCACGGAUACAUUUGUCAGUGCCCCUACUUCCGCUUUUCCCACCUCUUCCACGGCAGUGCAAUUAUCGUCAUCCAGCGUAUCAUCUUCACCCCCACCACAGUCAAAUUCGGCCCUUAGUCCUGGGACCAUUGCUGGAAUCACAGUUGGCAGCUGCCUGGGGUUUCUAAUUGUGGUUUCAGCAAGUGCGUUUCUCUUCUUACACCGCCGGAGGAAACAUAAGGGCCAACACCGGCUCACAGAGGAUACAUGGUGUCAGCAAGGCGCUCAUAAAGAGCCCAGCGAGCUGUUAGGCACUCAAUGCCCUGCUGAGUUGGAAGACAAGCCUAUGGAGCUGAGGGAGCUACCAGUAGAGCCACAGCUAUGCGCCGAAGCCGAACAGGUCACUCAUGCAUCCCGAGCGAGCCACAUUAGUGUCAAUGCGAUUCCCGUGGAAGUUGCAGCCUAUCCAUCUCAGAAAACAUCACAAGAAGCAGAAUGA